CGCGGGGAGGUGGGGCGGCGCGCGCCGGCGUCUCCGGCGCUCCUCCCGCGCGCGGCCCCUGGAUUCCCUGAGGCGCGCGGCCAGCCCAGCUCGGGCCCGCAGCUCCGGGAGCAGCCCGGCGGCCGAGCGAUCAGGGGCCGGACCGGGGCCUGGGGGCGCUGCCCCCGGGAGUCUCUGCGGCCCCUGAGGAGCGAGGGCGACGGCGAGGCUGACCGGGGCCGAAACCAUGAACCGGAGUUUUCACAAGUCUCAGACCUUGCGAUUCUACGACUGCAGCGCGGUGGAAGUCAAGAGCAAGUUUGGGGCGGAAUUCCGAAGGUUCUCUCUGGACCGUCAUAAGCCUGGGAAGUUUGAAGAUUUCUACAAGCUGGUUGUGCACACCCACCAUAUCUCCAACAGUGAUGUAACUAUUGGCUAUGCAGAUGUGCACGGAGACCUGCUGCCCAUCAACAACGAUGACAACUUCUGCAAGGCGGUUUCUAGUGCAAAUCCCCUGCUCAGGGUCUUCAUCCAGAAACGAGAGGAGGCCGAGCGUGGCAGCCUUGGCGCAGGCUCACUCUGCAGGCGGAGGCGGGCACUGGGCGCGCUGCGAGACGAGGGACCCCGGCGGCGCGCACACCUGGACAUUGGCCUCCCGCGCGACUUCCGCCCCGUGUCGUCCAUCAUCGACGUGGACCUGGUCCCCGAGACGCACCGGCGAGUGCGGCUGCACCGGCACGGCUGUGAGAAGCCACUAGGUUUCUACAUCCGCGAUGGUGCCAGCGUGCGCGUGACCCCGCAUGGGCUGGAGAAGGUGCCGGGCAUCUUCAUCUCACGCAUGGUACCCGGGGGCCUGGCGGAGAGCACUGGGCUGCUGGCCGUGAAUGACGAGGUCCUGGAGGUGAACGGCAUUGAGGUGGCCGGGAAGACGCUGGACCAGGUCACGGACAUGAUGAUCGCCAACAGCCACAACCUCAUCGUCACCGUCAAGCCCGCCAACCAGCGCAACAAUGUGGUGCGUGGCGGCCGCGCCCUGGGCAGCUCGGGGCCGCCCUCGGACAGCAUCGCAGGCCUAGGGGGUCCCCCUACCCCACGCAUCCUGCAGAACUUCCACCCCGACGAGGCAGAGAGCGACGAGGACAACGACGUGGUCAUCGAGGGCAUGCUGGAGCCUGCGCGGUCCCCCCAGACCCCAGGCGCGCCUGCAGGCAGCCUCUCCCGGGUCAAUGGCGCGGGCCUGGCACAGCGGUUGCAGCGGGACCUGGCCCUGGAUGGCAGCCUCCAGCGGCUGCUCAGCUCCCUGCGGGCCGACCCGCGUCACAGCCUGGCACUGCCGCCAGGCGGCGUGGAGGAGCAUGGGCCCGCAGUCACGCUCUAGACUCCGGAGAGACCCCCAAAUCGUAGCUCCGCUUCCCGGGUAAGGACAGGGACAGGACCUGCAGACUGCAUCCCCUACUAUUUUGUUUUUGUGACCACAAAAACCCUGCUCUUUAUUUCCACUUCUGGAUAGAAAACACAAAUACUGCCUAUUUUUAUAGAACUUCACCACAGAACUUAAAAUGAACACCUGCAGACACACUCUGUACCAGGCCCGAGUGCAGGUCCUGGCGCCUUUGCAAAGCGAUAGGAAAGAUCUGACCAAAUGCAAAAAAUGCUUUUUUAAAUAUUACAAAAAUACUUUGUUUUUAAAAUGAAGCUUUAAAAUUAGUUUUUAAAAGUAUCAAAUUCACAUUUUUAACUUCGCCCAUGCAAAAUAUGCCUCAGCAUUCUCACUAUGCUUUCUGCUCUGACUUGCUGGUAACCCCGCCUCUACUAAAAGGACAAAAAUGAGCCAGGUAUGGUGGCGGACGCCUGUAAACCCCAGCUAGUCAGGAGGCAGAGGUUGCAGCUGAGAUUGUGCCACUGCACUCCAGCCUGGGUGGAAUGAGAGCAAGACUCUGUCUCAAGAGAAAAAAAAUGAAUGAAUGCACCCAAACCUGUCACAGGUACAACCAGGGAGAUGAAUUCCAGAUUUUCAUACUGUUCAUAGUCAUAAUUCAGCUGGGGCAGGAGAUCUCCCACAGCUGUGAUAUUAUCCCCAGGGCUGUUUUUUGUUUUGUUUUGAGACACAAAGUCUUGCUCUGUCCAGACUGGAGUGCAGUGGCGCAAUCUCAACUCACUGCAACCUCCACCUCCCGGGUUCAAGCGAUUCUCCUGCCUCAGCCUCCGGAGGAGCUGGGACUACAGACACGUGCCACCAAACCCAGCUAAUUUUUGUAUUUUUAGUAGAGAUGGUGUUUCACCAUGUUGGCCAGGCUCGUCUCCAACUCCUGACUUAAGGUGAUCCACCCACCUUGGUCUCCCAAAGUGCUAGGAUUACAGGUGUGAGCCACCACAUCUGGCCAGGGGCUGUUUUUGUGACUCACACAGGUGACCCAUUCAGCCUCAAGGGGGAAUCCAUGAUGGGAAGCAGUGGCUCUGCUGGACUGGAAGGCAGGGCCCAGCAGUCCCAUUCGGGAUCAAAGCCUCUGUCGCCUCUGAGAUGACAACCAGUCUUUUUCUGUGGGUUGACUGACUCUGAGGGCAAUUUCUGACAUGUUUUCAUCAGAAAUGAAGGGUAAGCAUCACACACCUCCAGCAAGGGCUUUAUCAGUGCAGUCAUUUACAUGUUGAGUUCUCAUCUUUGUUUUUGAAACAGACAUUGUUUUUUGUAAGUCACAAUUAAUAAAUGCUAAUUUUCAUUUCUAGAUUACAUGGUCACUGGCAGUUCUUAUUUUGAACUAUAAUAAGCCAUGUGGAACUCAGUGAUUUUUAACCAAUACUAAAUUCAUUCUCACUCUGUUCUUCCAGCAACAUUUAUACAUUUAGUAAUUUGAAAAGUUCAUAUUUGAUGAAAUUAAAUUUUAUAUAAUGUGUUUUGCUUGGAUACAAUGUUGGGAAUGGAAUGUUACAUUCACACUUUGAGAACUUUGACCAAAUCUUUCAUACAGAUAAAGGUAAAAAUAUUUUUCGAGGUUGUCAGAGCCACGCACAUCCUGCUGCUUCUCCUUGUGGCCUAGCACCACCUGCUGGUCAGUGGCGGAACUGUCCUGACUUCGUGAACAUGGGGCUGCUAACAGGGAAAACUGCAUCUCAGCAUUUUCAUUGUUUCUGAUUAUUAAGUGAAAAGCAAAUUAUUUUCUUCUUGAAUGCUAUUUAUUUGUAAGAAAUAGCUGUUGCUGAGGACUUGUGAAUUCCCGCACCUGUGUUUGAUGUUAUUUGUAUGCAAUGGAUUGCUGGCCCCUUGUUCUUAAGUACAGAGAAGACCAAAGAUGCCUCCCGGUGACCUCUCCAGUGAGGAUCCACAUCCCGCCAGACUUGCUCUCUGACGAGCUGGAAAGGCAUGUUGUUCGGUGCCCCAGCAGUCAGGAGCGGUUUUCGUGGAACUAAAACUAAAGCUGUUACUCUCACAAAGGAAAUGUUCUUUUACUAAGUUAUUGCGGAUUACUGAAUGUCUGUUAUAUAACCAGGUCUGCUUUCAAGAAGGAAAGUUAUAUUUCUUAUCACAUUUUAAGUUUUUAAGCAAAUGUGAAUUUUUUUUAAAGAAAUAAGGCUUUCUCUGAGAAUUGUGUGCUAUUCAUAAUUUUAGAAAUUACAAACUGCUUGGAACAGCUGCUUGAGUGUAUUUUUCUACAGAGGACUGUACUUCUGACACUUUUUCCUUUUAAACAAAACUGUCAUAUCAUGUAUUAAAAUUUCCUUGGUUUUAUAUAUCAGAGAAUAAAAACUUUUUUGACUUUUGAGUAAACAAAA